UGGGCUGAGGAUGGGAAGACCUGACUGGCAUGAAUGGGGAAAACUGGGCAGGCAGUUUGACCAGGAUCAGGGCCAGGCAGAUAAACUAAGCAUCUAUUUGGGAUGAAUGAGCCCCUGCUCAGUCAGCUUGGGUGAGAACUGGGGCUGGCUAGGGGAAGGACAGAAGGAGCAGGGCACUGGGGCCAAGGAGUCAGCAGCCUUACUGGGUCAAGGGUGUGGAGUUUGAAGCUUGGAAGGAGGUUCAGGCUACAGUGGGUGACUGAAGGACUCAGAGGUUGGAACCAGAGCUAUAGGCAGAGGAGCUGAUGGGAGGGUCAGGGUGGGGACCAAGGGCUGGACGAUGGAGACAGAACCCUCAAAGACCAGGUCCAAAACCCCAGGAUUGGCUGCAGAGGGGAAGGAGAAGCCAAGGGAAGGAUCUGGGGGCUCCAGAGUCCAAGCAGAAAGCAGGGGAUCGGCAGGAAACGGCACAGCUCGGUUCUGGGUGGGCAAUAUAUGGAACUAGAAAGGACCUCACUCUGUCUUAAGCCUCCAGAGUGUCAGAGUGACCCCCAAGCCACGGAACCUGAAUGCUGGAGAUUAGAGACAAGACCCACCGUCUCUGGAAGUCCAUGGGGGUAGCGGAAGCACCCAGAAUUUCCUCUUAGUCUUUAUUAAGAGGACAUUUCAAGGAGCAGAGCUCAGGAUUUGGAGAUAGAGAACAGAUAGGAAAGACGCAGGGAGAGAAGAGGGAGUCAAGAAUAGACUUCGACUUAGUAAGCAGUUUUGGUUUGGGUUUCAAGGAGAGUUGUGCAACUGCCUAGGGAUUGCUAGAUUUCCUCUCCCGGAAGAAGAAACUGCCCUCUUCCCAGAGCUCCAGCCCCACUGCCCCUCUUCCUUCUUUCCAGGAAAUGCAGGGCGGGAGGCAUUUUCAGAGAUCAGCCCAUCUGAUCCUCCAUUUUACAGUUGGGAGCCCAAGGCACAGAGAUCAGAGGUGGCUUGCUCAAGGGAAGAACCCAACGGAGAGACAGGGCUGCUCCCUCCUGUUCCAGGCCCUCCUCCCUCUCCUGGGAGCCCUGUUUCUCCCACACUGCAGAGUGAUCUACCUGCCCUGGGGGAGGCUGGACCCAUCUGUCCUUCUGACUCCCUGGGAUAGAGCCUUCAGCAUCACCAGCCCUCCCCUGGGGUUCUGGUUCAGGCCAGCCAAGCUGCCUGGCUAAGCCCGGGGAAUCAUCGGCAGAAUAGCCUGUGCCCACUGCGGUGGAGGUGGUGGCCUUCCCCUGAGGUCGCCGGGGGAAGCACUCAGGCUCUGCAUUUGGGCCUAUCUGGACCAGCCCCGGUCUGCUCACCCUCUGGCAAGUCACCCUCCCUGAGUCUCAUUUCCCCAUCUGCAAAAUAGGGAGAAUAACAGCACCCAGAUUUCCUCACAUCCUUGUGCAGUUUGUGCAUUGAGGAAGGCAUCUGGCCAAGGGAGUUAGUGGCGAUCAAGAUGCAGCCCGAGAUGUGCUUCAAAAGUGGGCACUCUGCGCCAGGCUGUGUGUACCUGGGGAAGGGGCAUUUUCCUUUCAUUGUACAGAGACGCAGAGCAUGCGUGCCAAGUCGCUUCAGUGGUGUCCGACUCUGUGCGACUCUAUGGGCCGUAGCCCACCAGGCUCCUCUGUCCAUGGGAUUCUCCAGGCAAGAAUACUGGAGUGGGUUGCCAUGCCCUCCUCCAGGGGUUCUUCCCGACCCAGGGAUCGAACGCGAGUCUCUUAUGUCUCCUGCAUUGGCAGGUGGUUCUUUACCACUUGCGCCACCUGGGAAGCCCACAAGAGAUGCCAUAUGGUGUCUCAAUAGCUCAUUAGUGGUUUUGAGGAGUCAGUGGGAUGACACAUAGCGCGUGCCUGUAGCACAGGCUCAGAAAAGGCAUGGUCCCUUCCUUCCUUCGCCCAAGUUCUCCUCAAGCUCACCCCUCAUCUUGUUCACUCCCCUCCCCCAUCUCUCCAGGGCUCAGCCUUUUGCUGCUCUUCUUGCUUCUGGCUCGAGCUGGUGUCUGGGGAUUCCCGAGGCCCCCGGGGAGGCCCCCCCUGAGCCUGCAUGAGUUGCAGAGGGAGUUCAAGGUCAGCCUGCAUCUCGCCAGGAAGCUGCUCUCCGCAGUUCGGGUCCAGGCUCAUCACUUUGCUGAAUCUCACCUGCCUGGAGUAAACCUCGACCUCCUGCCCCUGGGAGAGCAGCUCCCCGACGUUUCCACGACCUUCCGGGCCUGGCGUGGCCUCUCUGACCCAGAACGACUCUGCUUCCUCUCCCUGACACUUCAUCCCUUCCGUACCCUGUUGGGAGGGCUGGGGAGACAGGAGUUCUGGACCAGCUCAGAGAGGAUGCAGCUACAGGUCACAAGGUUGGAUCUCCGAGAUUUGCAGCAGCAUCUCCGCUUCCAGGUGCUGGCUGCGGGAUUCAACCUUCCUGAAGAGCAUGAGAAUGAGGAGGAAAAAGGACUGCUCCCAGGGGCUCUGGGCGCCCCCUUACAGAUAUCUGCCCAGGUAUCCUGGUCCCGGUUUCUCUACACCUACCGAUUGCUACACUCCUUGGAACUUGUCUUGUCUCGGACCGUGCGGGACUUGCUGCUGCUCUCCCGGGCCGGGAACUCGAUCCAGGCCUUGGGGUUCCCCACGCCCAGCUCCCAGCCCUGAUGGAGUGACCUCUUAGCGGAACCCAUUAGGACUUGAGGACUGGAGUCUGGGGCAUCAGACAGCCUCCAGCUCAUUUGCCUUAGACAAGGCACAACCCCAUCCCAGACCCUACCCAAUAACUUAAGGCCCCUCCAGUCUUUGUCAGAUAU